AUGCGCGCGGCGAGUAGCGAGCCGGACGGCGUCCUCCGCUAUCAGAGACCAGAUGAAGAAGCUGUGGUGGAUCAGGGGGGGACCAGCACGAUUCUCAACAUUCACUAUGAGAAAGAAGAGUUGGAAGGCCAUAGAACUCUGUAUGUGGGGGUUCGGAUGCCGCUGGGCCGGCAGAGCCAUCGGCAUCAUCGAACUCAUGGCCAGAAGCACCGGAGACGAGGCCGGGGGAAAGGAGCCGGCCAAGGGGAGGAAGGCCCAGAGGCCCUGGCACACGGCAUCGCCCUGGGGAGAGAAGACACACCAUCUCAGCGCGUUCAGUUCAUUCUUGGCACGGAGGAGGAUGAGGAGCACGUGCCUCAUGAGCUGUUCACAGAGCUGGAUGAGAUCUGUGUGAAGGAGGGGGAAGACGCUGAGUGGAAAGAGACAGCCAGGUGGCUGAAGUUUGAAGAAGACGUUGAAGAUGGGGGAGAACGCUGGAGCAAGCCCUACGUGGCAACCCUCUCGCUGCACAGUCUCUUUGAGCUAAGGAGCUGCCUCAUCAAUGGAACGGUCCUUCUGGAUAUGCGUGCAAAUAGCAUAGAAGAAAUCUCAGAUUUGGUCCUGGACCAGCAAGAACUAUUCAGUGACCUGAGUGAAAGCAUGAGAGUUAAAGUACGGGAAGCCCUUCUCAAAAAGCAUCAUCAUCAGAAUGAAAAGAAGAGAAAUAAUCUCAUUCCUAUUGUUCGCUCCUUUGCUGAGGUUCGCUCCUUUGCUGAGGUUGGUAAGAAGCAGUCUGAUCCACAUUCAAUGGAUAAAAAUGGUCAAACUCUGUCUCCUCAGUCUGUUCCAACUACAAAUCUUGAAGUAAAGAAUGGAGUGAAUUGUGAACACAGUCCUGUGGAUCUAAGUAAGGUGGACCUUCAUUUCAUGAAGAAAAUUCCCAGUGGGGCAGAGGCCUCCAACGUCCUGGUUGGUGAGGUGGACACUCUGAACCGCCCCAUUGUUGCCUUUGUGAGGCUUUCGCCAGCUGUUCUCCUCUCAGGCUUGACAGAAGUGCCCAUCCCCACAAGAUUUUUAUUUAUCCUAUUGGGUCCAGUAGGGAAAGGUCAGCAGUACCAUGAGAUUGGCAGAUCCAUGGCCACCAUCAUGACAGAUGAGAUUUUUCAUGAUGUGGCAUAUAAGGCCAAAGAUCGGGAUGAUCUCCUGGCGGGGAUUGAUGAGUUCCUAGACCAGGUGACGGUGCUCCCUCCAGGGGAGUGGGACCCUUCCAUCAGAAUUGAGCCCCCCAAAAACGUCCCUUCCCAGGAGAAAAGAAAAAUGCCUGGAGUUCCAAAUGGAAACGUUUGCCACAUAGAAGCGGAACCGCACGGGGGCCACAGCGGGCCAGAACUUCAGCGCACCGGGCGGCUCUUUGGAGGCUUGGUGCUGGACAUCAAGCGGAAGGCCCCUUGGUACUGGAGCGACUACCAGGAUGCACUCAGCUUGCAGUGCUUGGCCUCCUUCCUGUUCCUGUACUGUGCCUGCAUGUCACCUGUCAUCACCUUUGGGGGGUUGCUCGGAGAAGCCACUGAGGGACGCAUAAGUGCAAUUGAAUCCUUGUUCGGAGCCUCCAUGACUGGGAUUGCCUACUCCUUGUUUGCAGGACAGGCUCUCACCAUCCUGGGAAGCACUGGGCCAGUGCUUGUGUUUGAAAAGAUUUUGUUCAAAUUCUGCAAAGACUAUGCUCUUUCAUACCUCUCCUUGCGUGCUUGUAUUGGACUGUGGACCGCCUUCCUAUGUAUUGUUCUUGUGGCAACUGAUGCCAGUUCCCUUGUCUGCUACAUUACUCGCUUCACCGAAGAAGCAUUUGCUUCCUUAAUUUGCAUUAUUUUCAUCUAUGAAGCAAUAGAAAAGCUGGUUCACCUGGCAGAGACCUAUCCCAUCCACAUGCACAGCCAGCUGGACCACCUUAGCCUGUACUACUGCAGGUGUACUGUCCCAGAGAAUCCAAACAAUCACACACUACAGUAUUGGAAGGACGAAAACAUCGUGACAACAGAAGUCCACUGGGCUAACCUGUCUGUUACUGAAUGCCAGGAGAUGCAUGGAGAGUUCACAGGACCUGCAUGUGGCCAUCACGGACCCUAUACUCCUGAUGUGCUGUUUUGGUCCUGCAUUCUCUUCUUCACCACCUUCAUCCUUUCAAGCACCUUAAAGACAUUUAAGACAAGCCGCUAUUUCCCAACCAGAGUGCGCUCCAUGGUGAGUGACUUUGCCGUUUUCCUCACAAUCUUCACAAUGGUGAUCAUUGAUUUUUUGAUUGGAGUCCCAUCACCAAAACUUCAAGUUCCAAGUGUGUUCAAGCCAACAAGGGAUGAUCGAGGGUGGCUUAUUAGUCCCAUUGGCCCCAAUCCCUGGUGGACCGUGAUAGCUGCAAUUAUCCCAGCUCUCCUCUGCACUAUAUUAAUAUUCAUGGACCAGCAGAUCACAGCUGUGAUCAUUAACAGAAAGGAACACAAGCUCAAGAAAGGCUGUGGCUACCACCUGGACCUGCUCAUGGUGGCCAUCAUGCUGGGUGUCUGCUCCAUCAUGGGCCUGCCCUGGUUUGUGGCUGCAACUGUCCUAUCCAUCACACAUGUGAACAGCCUCAAACUGGAAUCUGAGUGCUCCGCUCCUGGGGAACAGCCCAAGUUCUUGGGCAUCCGAGAACAGAGAGUGACAGGCCUUAUGAUUUUUGUGCUGAUGGGCUGCUCAGUCUUCAUGACAACUAUAUUAAAGUUCAUCCCGAUGCCGGUUCUCUAUGGAGUCUUCCUCUACAUGGGAGUCUCUUCACUACAGGGAAUUCAGUUCUUCGAUCGGCUGAAGCUCUUCGGGAUGCCCGCGAAGCACCAGCCAGACUUCAUUUACCUCCGCCAUGUGCCGCUGCGCAAGGUGCACCUCUUCACCCUCAUCCAGCUCACCUGCCUGGUCCUGCUCUGGGUCAUCAAGGCAUCGCCGGCCGCCAUUGUCUUCCCGAUGAUGGUUUUGGCCUUGGUCUUCGUCAGGAAAGUGAUGGAUCUCUGCUUCUCUAAGCGAGAGCUGAGCUGGUUAGAUGAUCUCAUGCCUGAAAGCAAAAAGAAGAAGCUGGACGAUGCCAAAAAGAAGGCCAAGGAGGAAGAGGAGGCCGAGAAAAUGAUAGAAAUGGAGAGAGACAAGUUCCCCUUAGAGAGCAGGAAGUUACUAAGUAGUACUGAAAAGAACAACAGUUUCAGAUGUGACCCCUCUGAGAUUAAUAUAUCUGAUGAAAUGCCUAAAACCACAGUCUGGAAAGCUCUCAGUAUGAACCCUGGAAAUACCAAGGAAAAGAGUCUCUUCAACUAG